AAGGAGCUCCCACCUUCAUUUAAAGUCUUCCUAUCAUUCAUAUUUUGUGGUAUCGCUUGCUUCGGCUCUUAGUCAUUACAUCAACAAUAUGUCUUCCCCGGUUCUAUGUUCUUACACAUCAGCCAAAGAAGCUGUUAGACGCAGCACAGUGAACUUCCAUCGUAGCAUUUGGGGAGAUCGGUUUCUCACUUACAAUGAGAGAGAUGAUCAAGCUCGGGAGGAGCAACAAGCUAAAGAACUCAGAGAGGAAGUGAGAAAAGAACUCGUACUCACUUCUUCAAACGGACAAAUGCAACUUAUGAAGCUGAUACAACUUAUUGAUGUGGUACAAAGACUCGGUAUAGCUUAUCAUUUUGAGGAGGAAAUCGAAGAAACAUUAAACCAUAUUUUUGUUACAUAUGGCGAUCAUUGGAUUGAUGAUAGCAACCUCCAAAGCACUUCCAUUUGGUUCCGACUCCUACGUCAACAAGGCUUUAAUGUUUCAAGUGGAAUAUUCAAGAAGUAUAUGGAUAGCAAGGGAAAUUUUAUGGAAUCUGUAAGAAAAGAUGUUCAAGGCAUGCUUUCUUUGUAUGAAGCUGCAUACAUGAGGGUGGAAGGCGAAGAAGUUUUAGAUGCAGCAGUUACUUUUACGACUUUUCAGCUUAAAAACAUAGCAAAUGAUCAUAUGUGUAAGGACGCAUCUCUUAAGAUCCAAAUAGAACAAGCACUAGAACAACCUCUAAGGAAAAGGGUGCCAAGGCUUGAGGCAUUGCGUUACAUACCCAUCUACCAGAAAGAACCUUCUCAUAAUGAGGCCUUACUAAAGUUUUCCAUAUUGGAUUUCAAUUUACUUCAAUCCUUCCACAAAAAGGAGCUCAGCCAACUCAGCAAGCUACCUUACGUUCGCGACAGAUUGGUAGAAGGAUACUUUUGGAUAUUGGCGGUCUAUUUUGAGCCUCAAUAUUCUGAUGCUAGGAUUUUUCUAAUGAAGACAUGCAAUCUUGCUAUCAUAUUGGAUGACACGUAUGAUAACUAUGGUACAUACGAAGAGCUUGAGAUCUUCACCCAAGCUGUUCAAAGAUGGCCGACAAGCUGCAUCGAUACACUUCCGGAGUACAUGAAAUUCAUAUAUCAAGAACUUUUGGACGUUUACAAAGAAGCAGAGGAAGUACUAGAACCGAAAGGAAAAGCAUAUCAUGUUUACCAUACCAUAGAGAUGGUGAAAGAGUGCACUCGAAAUCUCCUAACUGAAGCCAAAUGGGUAAAAGAGUGUUAUAUUCCUACUGUAGAAGAACACAUAUCGGUUACCAUGGUAACAUGUGGUUACGACUUGAUCAUCACAGAAUGUUAUGUGUACGACAAUGAUUUUGUCACCGAUGAUACAUUCAAAUGGGUUUCUACCUAUCCUCCUCUGGUGAAAGCUUCAUGUUUGAUUUUAAGGCUCAUGGAUGAUAUGGCUACACACAAGGAGGAACAAGAAAGGAAUCAUGUAGCUUCUAGCAUCGAAUGCUACAUGAAGCAAUAUGGAGUCUCGGAGGAGCAAACACGUGAAAAAUUCUCAAUACAAGUCGAAGAUUUGUGGAAAGUUAUAAAUCAAGAGUCACUCAGGCCUACUGCUAUAGCGAGGCCUCUACUUAUUCCUCCAAUCAACCUAGCACGAGUUUGUGAUGUUUUAUAUAAACGCCGUGACAAUUACAAUCAUGUCGGAAAGGAAAUAAUCCAUAUUAUUGAAUCACUUCUGGAAAUGCCUAUGAGUGUCUAGGUUUAAGUUCCUAAUGGAGUUUGUAGCGCAAUUGUUAUUCCAACUUGCAGUAGAAAUAAAUAUGUUGACAAUAUUAUAUAAAA